AUGUCUGCAAAUCUAUUCGAUGUUCCUGGUUGGACUCUCGGUGAUUUGGCCCCUCACGAACCUCUAAAAACUCCCGAAUCUCAUAAAUCGAAAAAAAAAAAGCAUAAAAACCAGAAAUGUAAAGGGGUUAACGAAAAAGAACUCACUUUGGGAAGUAGUAAAAAACGCAAACUGAAUGAUCUCGACUAUUUAGAAGAAAAAACAACAAAAGAUAAAAAGGAUAAAUCUUUCGUAAGGAUCUCAGAUAAACAUAAAAAAUUCAAAAACAACAAUUCUUCGAAACCUAUCAUAAAAUUUCAAAAGGAAGUUAUUGACGAAUGUAAUAACGAUAAAGAGGAAAUCGAGAAUCAUUCCGUUAAUAACAAUGAAUUAAAAAUCGACGAUGCAAAAGUAUUAUCAACAUUGGGAUUUAAUAUUGAAAAUGACCGCAUCAAUAAUGAAAAAAUGCUAAAAAGCCUUUCGAAAGGCAAGUUUCGUUGGAUUAAUGAAAAACUUUAUACAUCGUCGAGUUCCUCUGCCCUGGAACUAUUUCAGAAUAAUCCUCUUAUGUUUGAUGAGUACCAUCAAGGUUUUCGUUCGGCUGUCAGUUCUUGGCCCGUGAACCCUGUCGAUAUUUUUAUAGAUUACUUAAAGGGAAAGCCAAAAGAAUGGAUUGUAGCCGAUUUAGGUUGUGGUGAAGGUAAGAUCUCCCAAGAAGCUCCCAACAAAGUGCUUUCUUUUGACUUGGUAGCAAAAAAUCACAUGACUAUUGAAUGCGAUAUCGCAAAGCUACCAAUUCCAAAUUCUUUAUUCGAUAUCGCUAUAUUUUGUCUAUCCUUGAUGGGAACAAACUAUGUUGACUUUCUAAAAGAAGCUUAUCGAACAUUAAAACCAAAGGGUGAGUUAAAAAUUGCUGAAGUGGUAAGUCGUUUUUCUGACAUUGAUGCUUUCAUUGAGGCUCUUGCAGAAAUCGGGUUUAAAUUCGCGAAAAAAGAUGAUACAAAUAAAAUGUUUAUUAUCUUAGACUUCAUUAAGUCUAAACCAAAACCCGUUAAGUCAAAUCAGUCUUUGUUGCCUACGGCAUCUAAUUUGUUGAAACAUUGCAACUAUAAGAAACGUUAA